CAAAGAUCAAGAAACUAAGACUUGGGCAAUGAUCCAAAUUGAUAAUUAAUGAACAUGAGGCAUUGAUAGAGAAAGCAGAGAGAGAGUGAGAAGCAUAGAGAUUUGAAGAGGAUUAAUUUUGGGUUGGUAAGAAAAAGGCAGGGGGAAUUGGGUGGGGUGGGGGGGGGUUGGGCAAUGUAUAACCGCUGCCUGAGCUGCAACCACACGCGUACCAAAACCCAUGUCCUUAAGCUCAACCUCAGCCUUGGUCAGACUUAUGCCCUCCCUUAAUUACGAGCUUAUCUUUGGCUUCAUCUGUAGCUUUUUUGAGUUUUUAACACCAAACUAUUCUUUUGUCAUUUCCCACUUUAACAUAACCUCUCUCUUUCUCUCUCCCCUCCAUUUACUCGUCUUUGCCCGCCAACUACUUUCUUCUUGUUUGUCAGUCUCCGGCAACACUUUUUUGUUCUUUCUUGGUUUUCCGGCGAGUAUUUGGCCGCGGGAGGUGAGUUCAUGUGGCCAGAGAAGGUGAUUCCCGGCGUCAAUGGAGUUCAUGGGAGGGGGUAUCCCGUUCCACUGGCCUCCCAUGAAGACGUGGUCAAGGAUCGGACUCUCUUCAUGAACACACUCAGAAGCUUUCACUUUUCUCUGGGCUCUAAAUUUCUGGUUCCUGUGAUUGGAGGGAAGGAACUCAAUCUGCAUGUACUCUAUGUGGAGGUCACCAGAAGGGGCGGCUACGAUAAGGUGGUAAAUGAGAAAAAAUGGAGAGAAAUCAGUUCAGUGUUUGAUUUCUCUCCCACAACAACCAGCGCUUCGUACGCGUUAAGGAAGCACUACUUCACUCUCCUCCAUCUUUACGAGCUCGUUUACUUCUUCAGGCUCCAACCUUCCUUCCUUAAUCAUUCAGGCCAUUCCUUCCAAGCUAUAGGAACCAUCGACGCUAAAUUCGACUGUGGUUACUUGGUCUCGGUCAGAUUGGGGAACGAGACACUGAACGGUGUGCUUUACCAUCCGGCGGGCUAUCCUCCUCCUGCUUCGACCCAUCAACCAUGCAAUGUGAUCGUUCCUUACACCCCACAGUUUCAUCAGCAGGGUCGUCGGGCUAGAAGAAGGAGGGCGGGUGAUCCAGGCCGCCCCAAGCCCAACCGGAGUGGGUACAACUUCUUUUUUGCGGAAAAGCAUUCAACGCUCAAAUCUCUAUACCCGAACAGAGAGAGGGAGUUCACAAAAAUGAUAGGGGAGUCCUGGAAUAAUCUGCCCCCUGAAGAAAGAGAGGUUUAUCAGAGCUAUGGGUUGAAGGAUAAGGAAAGGUAUCAGAAAGAACUGAAAGAGUACAAGGAGAGACUGAAGGUGUUGAACUCCAGCAUGAUUAUGCGCAGGGAAUAGCAAAUUCAAGGGGAUUUUCAUUCAGACUUCAAUAGAAUUUAUGCCUACAACUGAGAAGCUUCUGCAUUCUCUCCUCAAAUUUUCUUUUUGUUUCUCCCUUCUCCCCUCUCCUAAUGCAGUUGUUGCAGUAAUAUUUUGAUUUACAGAGGCUUUGUUCCUUACUUUCAUCGGUGCAGUGAGCUAAUUUGCAAGGUUUACUUCCAGUACAUUGCACAGAGCUUACCCUCACAAUCCGAGCGUCAUUAGUGAAGUCCAGCAUAUUGCCAAUUAGAUGCCAAAGUGACAUUUGACAUCACGAGGAACACAUCAACAUAAUAAGAGCAUUAGGAUAAAUAUUUGAGAAAAAUGUGCUGAAU